AUGUCACACAUCCGGCGUCCCUUUAGCGGUCUUUUGUCACCCCGCCUCGUCACCUGCCGUCUCCGUCCCUCCAUCUUAUCGUCAUCUCCGUGUCGGCAGCCGCAUCGCCGCACCAUUGUCAACGAGGCCCUCACGCCCCUCGUCGACUCCACCGCCCAUGUUUUCACCUCGAUCCACGCCGCUGGUGUGCCCUGGUACCUGACGAUCCCGCUCGUCGCGCUCGGCAUCAACGUCGCCGUGCGCCUGCCCAUGCAGCUGUACAUGCAGUCGCUUGACCGCCGCCGCAACGCCAUCAAGCCCCUGCUCAUCGCCUGGUCCAAUCGCCACGCUAGCGCCCCGUGGAGUGGCCCGCCGGACCGCAAGAGUGUGUACGUCGCGCGGCAGACGGAAAAGUCGAGGAAGCGGCUGUAUAAAGCCUGGGGCGUGCCGCUGUGGAAGCAGUUCAUCCCGCUAUCGUCGAUGCUGCCGUUUGUCGUCGUCUCCGAGGCGCUGCGGCGGCUGUCCGGUGUCUCCAUGUUCAACUCGGCCGCGGCGGUGGGCGCCAGCGAGGCCGUUGUCAACGCGCCGGGGACCGUCGUGGAUCUGUCCCUGCACACCGGCGGCUGCUUAUGGUUUACGGAUCUCGUGGCCGCCGAUGCUGUUCUAGGCCUGCCGCUCAUCUGCUCUGGUCUUCUGGCCGCCAAUCUCCUCAGCCGUAUGACUGUCGAGCAAUGGAGAAACUACGAAUAA